AGUAUGGUCUUUGGACAGUUUUGAUUCCUAUGGGAUGAAACCUCUUGAAGUUCCUUUUCCAUCCUUACUUUUACUAAACAACAGUGUCAGUAAUUCCAGUGAGUUGUUUGGCGGGUAUGGCUGAUGCUGUAUCACUGAUACCCCUCCCCUCUGUAAGUAGUGUUCUGAUUAUCUGUUGCUGCAUAACAAAUUGUCUUACAUCCUGGUAGUCUAAAAACAACAUUUUGUUUUGCUUAUAAUUUUGUGGGUCAAGAAUUCAGGAAGAACUUGGCUGGGAUUGUAUCAGGUGGAGUACCUGGGGCUGGAGCAUCCUCUUCCAAGGUGGCUUCUUAAUUCAUAUGUCUGUUACCUCUGUGCUUCUUCUUGAUGUCUCUGUGUCCCCCAUGGUGUCAUAAUCUCCACAGUCUCUACACAUUGUUCGACUUCUCACAGUAUUUUGGUCUCAGGGUAAUCAGAUUUCUUGCAUGGUGGCUGGCUUCCCCGAGAGCAAGCAUUCCAAGUGAUAGCAAGAGGAAGCUGCGAAUUUCAUAAGACCUGGACUUGUAGAUUGCCAUAUUCAGUUGGUGGGGAAGUCACAGAGCCUGCCCAGAUUCAGGGAAUUAGGAUAUUGACCUUGCCUCUCCAUGGGAAGAGUGUGAAAGAAUUUGUGUCCAUCUUCAAUUUAUCACAGGACCAUUAAGCAGAAGGGAGAGGAGAAAUGCUGACCUGUGACUUUACAGCAAACAAUCUGCUUAUCUAAUGAUUCAGGAGAGAUUGACUGUCAGCCUGGAAUGAGAAGGGAAUAGAGGCAAAAGAGAGAUGCCAGAAGGAAGAAAAUGGAAAAUAUGUUCAUGGGAAAAGUAGAGAGGCAACCAAGAUAAGCUUUGCUUCAUAAUUAUCUUCCCUGCCUUGGCUCUGGACCCUUGGUUCUGUCCUGUGAUCUUGGCCCUGAGUCCCAGCCUGCCACUUCAGACCACUUGGACUUGGUGCUCAUGCUUGGCCUCCUCCCCCAGUAUUUGGACCUCUGCUUAGUUUCCCAGGCUCUUCUUUGGCUCACAACUUUGGUCCUGGGUACCUCCUGUGUCUUUUUACAAGAACUCUCCUGUUGCCCUAUUUCCUGGGAGUCCAGUACCUACUCCCAGAAUGAACAGCAUUGUGAGGGAUGGGGAAUAUCAGGCAAUAAUUUUGGCUGCACUCAGGCUGCUUUGGCACCUUUGGCAGUUGCUCAGAAUAGCUUGAUUUCUUCUUUUCUGGAGUAUAUUAUAACUCAGUUCUGGGUCUCUUUGUAUGACUUUAGGGGACUCAAGUUAUAGAUAGAAGAGGCUUCUGAACUUUUAGGAUACAGUAGGCUUGUGAGCAUGCAGCUCAGAGAGCAUUUAUGGUGCAUAGAGGAUAAUAGGCCUUGCUCUUAAACAUCUACACCUGUAUCAUUUGGAAGUGUGCCGGUCCAACAAAAGCCCCUGGGUCUGUUUGACUUGUUCAAGUGUCCACUGUGGAAGGAUUUGGGGAACCUGAAAAUACUUUGUACAGAUAACUUUUUUUGUAAAAAGAAGAAAAGUAGAAGCACUUAAAUUCUACACUUGAAGAGACAGAUUCCUCUCCUAGAUUUUGAGAGGUAUGUGAAUGGCCAUGCAAAAAAACAUUAUGAAGAUGCACAAAUACCCUUAACCAACCAUAAGAAAUCAGAAAAGCAAGAUAAAGUUCAACAUACAGUUUGUAUGGAUUGCAGUAGCUACAGUACAUACUGUUAUCGCUGUGAUGAUUUUGUGGUUAAUGACACGAAGCUAGGACUGGUACAGAAAGUCAGAGAACAUUUACAGAACUUGGAAAACUCAGCUUUCACAGCUGACAGGCAUAGGAAAAGGAAACUUUUGGAAAAUUCAUCACUAAACAGCAAAUUAUUAAAAGUAAAUGGAAGCACCACUGCCAUUUGUGCCACAGGCCUUCGGAAUUUGGGGAACACAUGUUUCAUGAAUGCCAUCCUUCAGUCACUCAGUAACAUUGAGCAGUUUUGCUGUUAUUUCAAAGAACUUCCCGCCGUGGAGUUAAGGAAUGGGAAGACAGCAGGAAGGAGAACAUACCACACCAGGAGCCAAGGGGACAACAAUGUGUCGUUGGUAGAAGAGUUUAGAAAAACACUCUGUGCUUUAUGGCAAGGCAGCCAGACUGCAUUUAGCCCAGAGUCCCUAUUUUAUGUUGUUUGGAAGAUUAUGCCAAAUUUUAGGGGCUAUCAGCAGCAGGACGCCCAUGAAUUCAUGCGCUAUCUGUUGGACCACCUACACUUGGAACUCCAGGAUGGUUUCAAUGGUGUUUCCCACUCGGCAAUUCUUCAGGAGAAUUCGACUCUGCCUGCAAGUAACAAAUGUUGCAUAAAUGGAGCAUCUACUGUUGUCACAGCUAUAUUCGGAGGCAUUCUCCAGAAUGAGGUUAACUGCCUCAUAUGUGGGACAGAAUCUAGAAAGUUUGAUCCAUUCCUAGACCUCUCACUAGAUAUUCCAAGUCAGUUCAGAAGUAAGCGCUCUAAGAAUCAAGAAAAUGGACCAGUCUGUUCAUUACGAGAUUGUCUUCGCAGUUUUACUGACUUAGAGGAACUUGAUGAGACAGAGUUAUAUAUGUGCCAUAAAUGCAAAAAGAAACAAAAGUCCACAAAAAAGUUUUGGAUUCAAAAACUACCCAAGGUGCUAUGCUUACAUUUGAAAAGAUUUCAUUGGACAGCAUAUUUAAGAAACAAAGUUGAUACAUAUGUAGAAUUUCCACUGAGAGGCCUAGACAUGAAAUGCUACUUACUAGAGCCCGAGAACAGUGGCCCCGAGAACUGCCUGUACGACCUCGCGGCGGUGGUGGUGCACCAUGGCUCUGGGGUUGGUUCUGGACAUUACACGGCAUAUGCAACUCACGAAGGCCGCUGGUUCCAUUUCAAUGACAGUACUGUAACACUGACUGAUGAAGAGACCGUGGUGAAGGCAAAGGCCUACAUUCUUUUUUACGUGGAACGCCAGGCCAAAGCUGGAUCAGAUAAACUUUAAUACCUCCUCUAAAUCAUCAUUCAUCAACUAUACCGGACAAACAUUUCCUAUUUUCCACAAAUACUUGAUCUAAGAUUUAAAUUCAUUAUGCACUUUUCAGUUUCCUAUUUUGGGUUUAGAUUUAUCAAUGGUAGUGACUUAUUGAACAUGGACACCAACUAAUUUUGUUGUUGUUCUACCAGAAAACCUCAGCAGACAUUUUGAUUUGCUGCUUUAGUUGUAAUAAUUUUUAUAUGUAGUUCCAAGAACUUAGUUCUGUUUGACUUUUUUAUAUUAAUGUUUUCAGUUCUCACUUUGAGGCACAUUUACAUCAAUGCUUUUGUUACUCUCACACGCUGACAGCAAGAUACGUUCCUGACUGUGAAGAGCGAGCGACACAAUUGCCUGCUGCCUUUUCCAAGCUGUAAUGGAGAUCAGGUUGACUCUAAAUCAAGGAUCACGUGCUCAUGUAAUUUGUGGCCCACCAGACUUCACAGUGACUGCUAAGUAAUCAUUCUCUUUGCCUGUUAAAGAUCACUGAGAGGGCAUCGUUAAGUAGAGCAGGUAACUGCUGCUCUGGGUGUCUCCAGGCUGCUGUGUGUCAGCGCUAACUAAAUCCGUCUGUUGGUUCAGUUGUACCUCUCCUGCAAAUACAAGACUUUAUUUGUUGGGGUA